AUGAGGGCGUCUAUAUCGCUCCCUAUUUCAUCACCCCCGAAGCUUCGACGUCGCAAAUCUACAGAAGAAGAACGCAUGAGUCGUGCCUCUUCAUUUACGAAGCGACGCACUGAGAAGCAGCCACAGCGUCUUACACCCAUCCAGACGAUGGAGCAGACACUGUUGGAUAAUGUCCACGUGGAAUUUAUUAAAGCAGUCGUGCCUGAUAAAUACAAACUUGCCAGUCCCCGGUACAUCAUGCGUAUUAGCAGCACGGUGCUGGACCAAACAUGGGAAAUGGCAAGGACGUUCAAGGAGUUUUGCGAGCUCAAAGAUGCAAUUGUUUCCGUGCUAAGUUAUGGCCACUUUUGUCCAUCAAACUGCCCGUGGCUCUACAUGUACGCGUCAGAUCAUUUCCCACGUCGUCGUAUCUUUCGAUCCCGAAGUCCAUCUGUCAUUGCAAGCCGUCUAUCUGAGCUACAGACGUACGUUUCGACGUUGCUACGUAUGGCUAAGCAGAACCGCAAUCUUGACUGUACUGUGACGUCGACUAAGCUCCCGCGACUCAUCUACAGUUUUCUUUUCGAGGGUAUGGUCUUUGAUCGUUCUGAUUUUAUGCGAUUCAGCGACCGCGUUUCGUUUGGCGGUCGAGAUAGCAGUUUCCUGGACAAUGACCCGACACACGAUGAAGAGGCGUGUAUUAUUUGUGAUAGAGCCCUCAUUGGUGAUGCUACAGUGUCAAUUGUACCAGAAGCUCUAAGCUGUCAUCAAGGACUGACGAGCAUUGACAAGAAGGUCAAACGACAUGUGAUGGCAGGUCUGACAACGCUCAAUUGCGGUCAUUGCUUCCACGACGAAUGCAUUCUCGCCAAACUCAACGAGUCGCUGACUUGUCCACUUUGUAUAUCACUUUCCAAGGCGCUCUGUGUCUCACCUUCUCAAUCCACACUUGGUGCUAUUUAG